AUGGCUCCCAACGCAGACGACGGUAAUUUUCUCAACGACGAGCCCGUCACUUCCAAUGUCAAGGAUGUCAAGCCCCUGCCGACGGAUGUCGCCGAAGAGGACAUUGAUGAGACGGUCCACAACAACCCGGAACUGCAGGAAGACAUGGUUGACGGCAUUGACAAGUCCAACAUUAUCGAAGAAACGACACGAGGAGCUCGACCCGAGGGAGGAUCGUACAAGGAACCGAGUGAUGACGUGAGCGACUUGGUCGAAUAG